GAAAAAGGUGUGUUGCGGAUGGGAGGGCAACAGGCGGGAGAGAAAAAAUAGUAAACGUCACUACUGUGAGUUGGAAGUUAUGGUGGAAAUAAGAAAAAAGUGACACCGAUUCGUUCUAUCCAAGCAAAUUUCGCUCGCUGGUAACUGUUUCGCGUUUCGCGUUGGCCACCUUGCUGGCAUCCAGGGGAAGAUGUCACCGCCCGGGAAUGGAAUAUUCGUCGUGCGGGGUGAAAUGUCCACCCUGACGACGGCAAUGCGCCGCGGGUCCAGGUGGAGCUUCAACACGUAUCAGGACGACGAUAAGGAUGUGCUGUUGAAGAGUUUCCAGGAGCUGAAAGAGGUGCUGCUGCAGGUGGAGGAUCUUCGGCUGGUGGAACCGAACGUGUUUCUUUCACCGUUUCUGGACGUGAUCCGGUCGGAGGAAACGACCGGCCCCGUCACCAGCCUCGCCCUGUCGGCCGUGAACAAGUUCCUGUCGUACGGGCUGAUCGAUCCAACACACUCGACCCUGGCGGCCACGGUGGAAAACAUUGCCGAUGCGGUGACGCACGCACGGUUCGUCGGCACGGACCAAACGUCCGACGGGGUGGUGCUGAUGAAGAUCAUACAGGUGCUCCGUACGCUGGUGCUCAGCCCGGAAGGCAGCGCCCUGUCGGACGAAAGCAUGUGCGACAUCAUCCUGAGUUGCUUUCGGCUGUGCUUUGAGCCGCGCCUCAACGAGCUGGUACGUCGCACGGCAGAGAAUGCGCUAAAAGAUAUCGUGCUGCUGCUGUUCAUGCGGCUGCCCCAGUUCGUCGAGGGUGGAAGCUACAACACGCUUAAGACGCUGAAGAUGCGCUCCAGCUCGAUGGAUCAGUCGGGCAAGCGAAGAAAAUACAGCAAGACCAGCAUGAAGGAGGAGCAGAAACCAGCCCCCACUGCCGUGCCGAGCACGAACGCGGCUGCUCCGGUGGUUCCGAAGAUCGUGACGGAAGACCCCACGAACGUGGCCGGAUCGGGAGAGGAACCGGUCACGCCAGUAAUGCUGACGGCACCGAACCGUCUCAAGCCGAUGCCACUGUCCACUACACCGGCCACACCAGCGGGUGUUAUCGUCGAUCUGCAGGGAACGAUAUCGCAAACGCCUAAAGCUCCUCUUCCAUCGGAAUCGGCCGAACGGCAGUCGGUUACAUCGGCGGAAGAUGGCAUUUCCAACGCAGAGACCGAGCUGGAAACCGUUACAGCGCAGGGCACAGAGGAGGGUACCACCGCCACCGACCCCUCGUUUGUGAACUCCGUUGGCGUGCGAUUCACGUCCCAGCAGGCGGAAGAGGACGUUCCGCAGGUGGCGAAUGGGGCCGCCACCGUUACACACCUCCCAUACGGAUUGCCCUGCAUACGGGAGCUGUUUCGGUUUCUGAUUUCGCUGUGCAAUCCCAUGGACAAGCAGAACGGUGACGUCAUGAUCCACAUGGGCCUGACGCUGCUGACCGUGACGUUCGAGGUGGGCGCCGACAGCAUCGGUCGGUACGAUUCGCUGAUCGCGAUCGUGAAGGACGACCUGUGCCGCAAUCUGUUCGCGCUGCUCGCGACGGAGCGUAUAUCGAUCUUUGCGGCCGGGUUGCAGCUGUCCUUUCUGCUGUUCGAGUCGCUCCGAUCGCAGCUCAAGUUCCAGCUCGAGCACUACCUCACCCGCGUGGCGGACAUGAUCAUGAACGACAGCCCCCGGAUACUGUACGAGGCGCGCGAACUGGCGAUGGACAAUCUGCUGCAGCUGUGGCGCAUUCCGGGCUUUGCGGCCGAGCUGUACAUCAACUACGACUGCGACCUGUACUGUUCGAACCUGUUCGAGGACCUGACGAAGCUGCUGUCGAAAAACACGCUUUCCGCAACGCAAGCCAUCUACAGCAUCCACACACUGUCGAUGGACGCGCUGCUGACGAUCGUCGAAUCGAUCGAGCGCAACUGCGCGCAGGCGAAGAACGGCCAGAAGCCGAAGUAUAUGCGCCAUUCGCGGAACAACUCCUACGCAACGGCAAAGAUCGUGCUGGACGCCGGCACGCCACAAGCCGCCCGUGAAGCCGGUGGCCAGGUAGCGCUCGAGCUGGAGGAAGGCGACCCAGAAGAAGGAGCCGGCAAUACCGAACCGGCCGUGCUGGUGGAGAAUAUUAGCAAAUUUCUACACUCUAGUCAAAGGGAUCGCAUUAGCCGGGUAGCGGCCGGGAUCGGUACGGAUGCAUCCGGCGGGGAAGAUCCCAGCAUCGCCGCUGAGGGUGCCUCGCUCUCCGAGGCCGUGUCGCAGAAGCUAACGCACGAAGAGCUGGCGGCAAUAAAGCGCAAGAAGCGCUUGCUAACGCAGGGAACGGAUCUGUUUAACCAGCGGCCGGAAAAGGGCAUACAGUUUCUGCAGGAGAACGGGCUGCUGAAUCCGGUGCUCGACCCGCAGGAGGUGGCACAGUUUCUGCGCGAAAACUCGGGCCUCGACAAGAAGAUGAUUGGCGAGUACAUUAGCAAGAAGAAGAACGUGGAAAGCCGCAUCCUGGAGGUGUACGUGAAGUCGUUCGAUUUUGCCGGCCUGACCAUCGACCAGGCGCUGCGGUUGUAUCUGGAAACGUUCCGUCUGCCCGGCGAAGCGCCGUUGAUAUCGCUCGUGAUGGAACAUUUCGCUGAUCACUGGCAUGAAUGCAACAACGAACCGUUCGCCAAUACGGACGCUGCCUUCCGGCUGGCGUACGCAGUGAUCAUGCUCAACAUGGACCAGCACAAUCACAAUGCGAAGCGGCUGAACGUGCCGAUGACGGUGGAGGAUUUCCUGCGCAAUCUGCGCGGAUUGAACGGCAACUCGGACUUUGAUCAGGAUAUGCUAACAAAAAUUUAUCACGCGAUAAGAAACGAAGAAAUCGUAAUGCCCGCGGAACAGACGGGCCAGGUGCGUGAGAACUAUCUGUGGAAGGUGCUGCUGCGCCGCGGUGCCACGAAGGACGGCAUUUUCCAUCACGUGUUUGGGCCCCAGCAUGAUCGCGAGCUGUAUCGCGUCAUCCAGGGCUCGACGUUGGCCGCCCUUAGCUUUGUGUUUGACAAAUCGCUCGACAACGCAUCGCUCUACCAGAAAGCGAUCGGCGGAUUCAUGAAGUCGGCCGCCAUUGCGGCCCACUUUCAGCUGCACGGCGAUUUCGAUGCGCUCGUGCUGACGCUGUGCAAGUUCACGACGCUGCUGACGCCGCCCCCGAACGAUGCGCACGAAAUUACGGCGAGCGUAAUGUUCGGCCAGAACGUGAAGGCGCAGCUGGCGAUGCGCACCGUGUUCGGGCUGAUCCACGAGCAUGGCGAUUGUAUGCGCGAGGGCUGGCGGCACACGAUGGAUGUGCUGCUGCAGCUGUUCAAGCUGAAGCUGCUGCCGAAGGCGCUGAUGGAGGCGGAAGACUUCUGCGAGGCAAGCGGCAAGGUGACGCUGCUGCGCGAGCCCAACCCACUGCCGAAGACGGAGGCGGGUCUGUUCAGCUCGCUGUACUCGUACCUGGCGAACGACGGGCAGCGGCAACCAUCGUACGAGGAGCAGGAGGUGAUCAAGCUAUCGCGCAAGUGUGUCCGCGACUGCCAGAUCGAGCAGAUCGUGAACGAGUCCAAGUUUCUACAGCUGGAAUCGCUCGAAGAGCUGAUCGGGUGCCUGCUGGCGAUGAUCGUACCGCCGGAGGCGCACAAAUCGACCGCCCCGGCGUACGGCGAGUGUACGGUCGUGUUUCUGCUCGAGCUGCUGGUGAAGGUGCUGAUACAGAAUCGCGAUCGCUUGCUGCCAGUUUGGGGCCGGGUGCAGGACAAGCUGUACACCCUGCUGGUGGGCGCCUCGGCGCACGAGUACACCUACCUGCUGCAGCGUACGACGGUGGCACUGCUCAAGCUGGCCAUCUACCUGAUGCGCAACGAGGAAAUCUGCUCCACCAUCCUGCAGAGCUUGCGGAUGCUGCUGGCCCUGCGUCCGGCCGUCAUACUGGCCAUCUCGAAACCGAUCUCGAUCGGCAUGUACGAGCUGCUGAAAACGAGCGCCCAAAACAUUCACACCGAGGCGGACUGGGUGAUCGUGUUCACGGUGCUGGAGUGCGUCGGGGCCGGUGCCGUGCCGCCGGAGUGCCACGCGGUCGAGCAGGUGGCAGCAGUGAGCGGUGCCAAGUCGGACGGUGCGUUGAGCAGCGAGGAAGACUCCGGCCUGCCGGACCGGGGCUACAUUUCCGACUCGGAGCUCAGCUCGACGGCCACGAUGCCGCUGGUAAAGACGGCGGCCCCAACUCCACCGCCGGCACCGCUUCCCAGCAGCCCGUCCGCGGGCGAUGCGUGGAUAAUGGUGAACAAGGACGCGAUCGAUCUAGUGUCCGGCGGGUCCGGGGGGCACUCGCCGGGAACGCCCGUUCGGCACUCGAUACAGUACCACUGCAAGCUGCUCGAGCACUCGCCGUUCGCGCUGGUCAAGUGUUGGGAAAGUUUGGCGUUCAUCGUGCGCAACGUAGCGCACAUCACGCCGUACAACUUUGAGAGCUGUGUCCGCUGCAUCCGCACCUUUGUCGAGGCUUCGAUGGGCCAGACGCAUCAUCAUCACCAGCAGCAGCGUGACUAUCAGGCAGCCAAAAAGAAGCCCGGAUCGGGCAAGGAUCGUCAGCGGAAGCUGCGGGAUGGAGCCUCCCACCAGGGGUCCGGGUUGUCCUCUUCGUCGUCCUCCUCGCUGGCCAUGGACAGCAGUGACAGUGAGUCGGAGGAGCUGCCCGAGCGUUACCAGUCGAUAUCGAUUCAGCUGCUCGAUCUGAUGCACACGCUGCACACGCGCACGGCACAAAUUUUCCGCUGGUGGGCCGAGGAAGGUGGUGCCGUGCCACAGUGCUCUUCGCUCUGGUCGCAGGGCUGGUGUCCGCUGCUGCAGGGCAUCGCACGACUCGCCACCGACCAGCGGCGCCAGGUGCGCACCAGUGCGAUCACGUGCCUGCAGCGCGCACUGCUCGUCCAGGACCUUCAGACGCUGACUGGGCUGGAGUGGGCCGGAUGUUUCAAGCAGGUGCUGUUCCCACUGCUCCAAGAGCUGCUGCAGGAAAAGGCAACCAGUCCGGUAGAGGUGUCGCUGCUCGAAGAAUCCCGCAUCAGGACGGCCACCAUCAUGUCGAAGGUGUUUCUGCACCACUUGACACCGUUGAUCGCUUUGCCUAACUUCCAGGAACUGUGGCUCGAGAUACUGGACUAUUUCGAGCGGUUCAUGACGGCUGGCUCCGAUAUGUUGUACGAGGCAGUGCUGGAGAGCCUGAAAAACAUGCUCCUUGUUAUGCAUUCGGUAUGCGUGUUUCACAAUACCGACGGUGUUACCCAUUCUAUGCUGUGGGACGUUACCUGGCAGCGCAUAUCCGGAUUUCUGCCCAACCUCAAGGAUGAGCUGUUCAAACACGAAGCCGUCCGAUCGUCGGUUAGUAUUAGUGGCGGAACAGGAGGAAACGCGGGUACCGGAGCGGCAAGCACUACCGUACCAUCCUCCCAUACGACGGCUCCAACGGCUCCACCGUCACUUGCAGGAGAGCAGCAGCACAUCCUGGAAGGCGGUCAGAUAAACAACAGCUCCGCCGUUGGAGAAAGUAUUAACCCGCGCGUCGUGCUACAUCCGAUCCCCGUAUCGACCGCAGCGACGGGGUCUGUGCUUUCGGCCUCUCCUCCAAACUCUUAUAUUCAGCAGCUGCAACAGCCACAACCAAUGCCGGUCCUUCCUGUGAGUCACUCGAUACCGGCAGUUGAGGUUCAUCGUACUCCAGUGCACCGGGCAGCACCUUCAAACAAUCUGCUAAUGAGCAGUACCGCCACGAGUGAUUUUAAUGCCCUUCCGAUGGUGUUGCCACGUUUCUCAACGCUACCAUCACCGACUGGAGCAGCAGAAUCAUCGAUCACGGGGCUAGUGGAGCCUGCCAAUCUACUCCUUUCGUCCCCUGCACGAGAUGUUGUAACGCAGCCGCAGCCAGCGGUGUCCGCGCCUCCAUCAGUUGCGCCAGCUGCAUCGAACAUAAUUGAACUUCCCGGAAUCGUAGGCACAUCUUGUCCACCAGCACCAGCACCACCGCAACAGUUGCCAACGGAGCGACGGGAAGAACAGGGGCAGAGUGAAACAGGAAGCGAACGCGCUCCACUCGUCACCGAUGUUGAGACGGGCAACGUUCCGAUGAGCCAUCUUCUGGCCGGUUCGCAGUACCCUUCGCUACAGCACGUACCGAUCGGGAUUGCGCAAAGCUUUGCGCCGAUCUUCGUACAACCGAACCCGGCUCCAGCGGAAGCGUCCGACAUCUACUCUGACUACAUUAAUGAUCCCUACAAUCUGACACUGCAAAUUGACAACGGAGCGCCGGGUAGCGUCCCGAGUAGUAGCGUUACUGUCCCAGAACCAGCACCACCGCAAUCGGCAACCGCCCAACCGGACACGUUGUCAAGGACGCUAGAGGACGCGAAAACGGCUGGCCCGAUGCUGACGGGCUCGACGACAGUGACAGCGACGCCGUCUGCCCAGCUGGCGAACGUGUUUCAGUCGGCGCAAUACUUUAGCUUCCCGGCCAGUGGCCACAUACCGCCCGGCUCGGAGAUGCUUUUCGGGGAACCGUAAACACGCCAGACGGGUUGUACUACCGUGUACCGGUGUUCUAUUCUUUCUAUCGAACAUUCCUACCCGACCCAGGUUGCCCGGUUAGGCACGACAAGUGGCAACUUUUAGCAAAAAUUUACCUUUUACUCCACUCGUGGAGAGCUGUAUUAAUUAUCUGGAAGGCAUCUGGCAAUUGAGUGAGACAUACAUACGGGCUCUCCGGUACUAGGCUAAGCGCUAGCGGUUGCUUUCCACAACGUUUUAAGAAAGCGCUUUGCUACACCUUCCUUCCAGCAGAAAGCUUCACUACGUCUCAACACAAGGUAUUUAUUCGGUGUAGUUUUGAAACUUCGACCCCCCCCCCCCCCCCCCUUGGUCCUCGUUCUCUGUCUGUUAAACACUAGCAUUUAAAGUCGUAUCGUUUAUAACGCUAACCAGCCUGCGCGGCCCAUUCUAGAGCGGGAAGGAAGGAGGAGUGUUGUAAAGGCUAAGCUGUAUGAUUGUUGUUCAAUUUUAAUUCCACUGUUUGUUUGUUCUAGGUUUUGCUACUUUACUGUUCGUUCCAAAUUCUCCUUCUUUUAUUGUAAUGUUAUAGCGGAGAACCGGGAGAAAAGCACCAUAUUAUUCGCAAUAGGGGAGCAAAGGGUGCGUAAAAUGCAGGAGCCUUAUUUAGCCAAGCUCUGGUAUAUGUUUUUUA